AUGCCAGGGCCCGACAAAAAGCACUCGGAAAUCACGAUAGAGGUUACCUCACGCUCAAUCUCAAGUGCAGUCACUAGCGACGAAAGCACAGAGCACGCUGGGAACAAUCAUCCCGAUGUCAGCUCAUCGAGCUCAGCCGAGGAUGAAAAUGUGGUGGACUGGACAGGCCCAAACGACCCCGACAUGCCCCUGAACUGGCCCAGAUAUCGCCAAUUCAGCAUCAUUGCAGUGGUAACCGCAUGUCGGUUCACGGCAAUGUUAUCUUCUUCGAUGAUGUCGCCGGCCCUGGCUCAGGUCGAAACCGAGUUUAAAGACGCCUCCCAAACCUUGAUCACCUUCACCGUUUCGAUCUAUGUCAUUGGUUGCGCUGUCGGUCCUCUUGUUCUCGCCCCGUUGUCCGAAACGUAUGGUCGCUAUUGGGUCUACCAUGCUGGAAAUAUAGCUUACACCAUCUUCUCGGCGGCAUGUGCGCUCUCGCCUAGCGCCGGAGCACUACUGUCCUUCCGCCUCCUGGCCGGAUUCGCCGGGGGUGUACCGAUCACUAAUGCCGGGGGUACCGUCGCGGACAUGAUCCCCCGAGAACGGCGCGGUUUCAUCAUGGGGGCAGCCUUGAUCAUUUCGCCGACAUUUGCUCCGGUAGUGGGCGGCUUCCUGGCCGAGGCCAUGGGCUGGAGGUGGAUCUUUUGGUUCAUAACAAUCGUGAGCGGUCUAGUCACAAUCCUCAGCUUCUUCCUCUUGCACGAGACGUACAGCCCCGUCCUGCUACAACACAAGGCAGCAAGUCUACGCCGGAAGACAGGGAACAGCCAACUUCGGGCGCUCAGCGAGACACGCGAGCUCCCAUUCUGGAAGAAGAUGCAACGCGCCCUCCGACGCCCUCUUGUCCUGCUCGUUUCCAGCCCUAUCUUGAUUAUAAUGUCUCUAUACGCAGCGUUCGUCCAGGGCGUCACUUACAUAAUCCUCACUUCCAUGCCCAUUGCGUUUUCGGAUAUAUACGGCUGGGGAGAAGGUGUAGUGGGACUUUCUGCGGUCAGCCUUGGAAUUGGAUGCUUGAUUGCCAUAAUUAUCACAGGGCAGUUUAGUGAUCGCAUUUACCUGCGACAGAAAGAGAAAUCAGGCGAUGCUAACCAGCCGGAAUCACGACUUUUCUUCCUCUUCCCAGCAGCAGUAACUCUCCCCGCCGGCAUCCUGAUCUACGGUUGGACUGUGCACUUCGAAUCUCACUGGAUCGCCCCAUUAAUCGGCACUGGAACCUUCGGUUUGGGCAUGGUGCUUGCAACAACUGCCAUAAUGACAUACAUUGUCGACGCGUUCUCGGUCUACUCCGCCAGCGCUCUAGCAGCAAACGGCCUUGUCCGAGGUAUAGCAGGCGGGCUGCUUCUGCUCGGCGGACCGAAGCUAUUCGAGCGUCUCGGCUACGGAUGGGGAGGCACACUCCUUGGUUUCUUGUCGGUCGCGUUUGGGGGCGCCUCGUUGGCGCUUUGGACUUUUGGGAAGGCCCUGAGAACGAGGUUUCCCGUCGACCUGGAGUAA